ACGCUUGAGGCUGUUUUGAAAAAGUAGUGUUCAAGGAUAUUUUGACAUUCUUAACAAUGAGUACAAAAAUGAAAAAAUGUCCAAAAAAUUCUAUUGCCACAUUAAUUGAUUCUACUUUGAGUACUGGUCUUAAUGGCCAUUCUACAGUAUGUACUGCGUAGUAUGCAGUUAGGUGUCGUUGGCGCCUUUUUGGGUUUAACCGCUAGAGGCGCUGUCGAGUUUUCAGUGAUUCUGGGUUAGCGGAGGGUAAUUAGCAUGUAACAAUGGCUGCUGUGGGACCUACGACAAGUCAAGCCAGUUGCAGCUUUUCAUUGAGCAGAAGAAUGGACGGUGGACCGUGCUCUAAAUUCUGGGAGAGCCCGGAAAUAAUCUCCCAGAUGGAAACAGUUCGCAGUUGGAUUGGAAAGCAUUAUAAAAAGUAUGUGCAGACUGAUGCUCCCUCCAGCAAAUCUUUGUCUGGUUUGGUCAUCCAACUGCUGCAAUUUCAGGAAGAAACAUUUGGCCGGCGAGCAAAUAACCCAAGCUUCACAAAACUCCCAGCAAAGUGUUUUCAGGAUCUGAGGCCUGGCGGUGCUCUCUGUCAUAUUCUGGGAUCGGUUUACAAGUUUAAAACAGAACAGGGCUGGAGACGCUUCGAUUUUCAGAAUCCAUCCAGAGUGGAACGCAAUGUAGAGAUGUUCGUCUGUGUGGAGAAAACUCUCAUACAGAAUAACUUAUUAAGCAGACCUGUGGUGUACCUGUCCCCUGAUCUUGAACAGAAGCAAACACUUAAACUCAAAGACAUUGUUGUGCGACAUCAGGGAACAGUGACAGAGGAGAGGUCACAAGCCACCCACCAGGUAUACCCAUCAUCCUCCACAGCAGAUGAAGAAGAGUGGUUUCGACCAGUCAUGCGAUUGGAUCGUCAUGUGAUGGUACAUUGGGGCAUGUGUCCAGACAGUUAUGACUCACUUAAAUCAGCAAAUGAUAUAGAUGGAGAAGUGGAGGAACCUCCCAACCCAGACAGGUGCUUGAAGGUACAUACCAGAUGGAUUCUUGACACUGACACAUAUAAUGAGUGGAUGAACGAGGAAGACUAUGAAAUUGACGAGAAUGGGAUUAUCAUGAGUUUCCGCAGGCGUAUCUACCAAAGCACAGAGGAACAGAAACCUGUGAAGAAGCGGCGGCGCUCCCCCUCUCCACCAUCCUCUGAGUCUAAGAAGAAGGGAGGAAAGAAAAGCUUAGGGGUGUAUAAGAGGCGUGGCCAACCAGAAGAGGCGGAGCCAGAAGAGGAUCUCACUAAAGACAUGGAGGAUCCUACGCCAGUCCCCAACAUGGAGGAGGUCGUUCUGCCUAAAAAUGUGAACCUGAAAAAAGACAGUGAAAACACUCCAGUUAAAGGAGGCAUUAUGGCUGAUUUAGACGACCAAGAAGAGGACCUGCUCUCUGGUGUCAGAGAUGAGGAAGAGCAGAGAGAGUUUGGCCGUGGGAUGGAGGGGGAGGAGAGCGCCAUAGAGCAAACGCAUCACAUCAUUGUGCCCACCUAUACCUCAUGGUUCGACUACAACUGUAUUCAUCAUAUAGAGAGACGAGCUCUUCCUGAGUUCUUCAAUGUGAAGAAUAAGUCCAAAACACCAGAAAUAUAUCUUGCAUACCGCAACUUCAUGAUUGAUACAUACCGGCUGAACCCUCAAGAGUAUCUGACCUCGGCCUCCUGCAGACGAAACCUGACGGGAGAUGUGUGUGCACUUAUAAGGGUUCAUUCGUUUUUGGAACAAUGGGGGCUGAUAAAUUAUCAGGUAGAUGCAGAAAGUCGACCCCUCCCCAUGGGACCACCCCCAACGCCACACUUUAACGUUCUUACAGACUCACCGUCCGGACUUGUCCCACUACAGCACAGACCCUUACAGGUUUCAGCCUCUCAGCACAUGUUGCAUUUCCCAGAGAAAUUGAGAGAGAAACCGUCUGACCUGCAGAAUUUUGGUCUACGCAUUGACAUUUAUACUAAGAAACAUCCAAAGAGUAAAGGUGCAAAUGCAGGGAGAGAAUGGACAGAACAGGAAACACUCUUGCUUUUGGAGGCUUUGGAGAUGUAUAAAGAUGACUGGAAUAAAGUGUCGGAGCACGUGGGCAGCCGCACACAGGAUGACUGUAUUCUUCACUUCUUGCGGUUGCCCAUAGAGGACCCGUACCUAGAGAACUCUGAAGCCUCAAUGGGUCCUCUGGCUUAUCAGCCUGUUCCCUUCAGCCAGUCAGGGAACCCUGUAAUGAGCACUGUUGCUUUUCUUGCAUCUGUGGUGGACCCUCGAGUGGCCUCCGCAGCUGCCAAGGCAGCUUUAGAGGAGUUCUCGAGAGCAAGAGAAGAGGCCCCACCAGAGUUAUUCACUGCUAGCUUUCACAAAGCACAGAGAGUUGGGCAUAAUUUAGAUCCGGCCUUUAUGCUCCAAACAGGCGGGAUUGCAGGACUUGAUGACAGUUCAGAAAAGACUGAUGGGAGUGGUAUAGAAACAAUGAACACUGAAUAUGAUCAGCAUGAAAAGCUUGAGGGUGACAGCAUCUUGGGAGAGGGAGCGCGUGUGAAGAACGAGGAGAAGGAAGAGAGUGAAGGAGAGAGAGGAGAGGAGAGCACAGCAGAGGAGAGUUUUGACUUGUGCCUCACCCAAGGGGAUGGGGAGGAGAUGAAGAGGAGGGUGGAGCUUGAGCUGGUGGAGGUCAACAUCGCAACAGCUGCUGCUUCAGCACUGGCCUCUGCAGCUACCAAAGCAAAGCACUUGGCUGCAGUAGAAGAGAGGAAGAUCAAAUCUCUGGUGGCUCUGCUGGUUGAGACUCAGAUGAAGAAGUUGGAGAUCAAACUGAGACACUUUGAAGAGCUAGAGACCAUUAUGGAUCGAGAAAAAGAGGCUCUGGAGCAGCAGAGACAACAGUUGUUGUCAGAGAGGCAGAACUUCCACCUGGAGCAGGUAAAAUAUGCCGAACUGAAGGCACGACAGACCGUGGAACCUCAGCAGCAAGCGGGAGCCACACAGAACAGCAGUACUGCAUACAACCCUCUUCACCAAGGACGUCCGGUGGGCAGUACUGGUGCUGGACAGAUGAUGGGUGCUGCUCGUCAGCCUGGAGCUCCCAAUGGCAUGUACCAAACUCCACCGUCAUCACAGGCUGAUGGCCCACCCCCCAUGUAAUGUCCACUAACGGACAGACAGUAAGAUCUUCAUCGCUUUGAAACCCAAGCUCACAAGAUCACAUGAAGGACACGGUCACAUCAUGUACAAGUUACAACAUUCACCUCUACAAUAGCACUUAUUCUGUGUAUAUUUAAUAUUUUUAAGCAUUGAUUCUGGCAAGGAUAUGAUUUGAGGCUUUUCAUUGUCUUAUCUGUCUGUACUAAUGUUUGUAGAUCUGUUUUUGUAUUGCCACCAAGCACUAAAACAGUUGUGGCUGAAUAAAUCUUUUAAAUGAA